AUGCCCAAAGUGGAGAUCAAAGAAGUCGAAGGCGACACAAUCGAGCUCGAUGGAAUGAAGAUCCCGUUGAGAAUGCCCACCAGGGGACCUUCAGGACCCACUCUCAUGGACCAAAUCGACUCUCUUAAGCAGAAGCAGACAGAAAAGGAGGCGAAGGCCCAAGGAAGGCCCAUCCCCGUCUAUAAACCGCAACCACCUCGAACCACGAAGGAGGGCAAGCCACUUCGAUACAGGAAAGUGGCUGUACGAACCCAAGACGAUGUGUACGACGAUGACGCCGAAGAUGAAGAUGAAGAAGACACAGGGAUCCCCACAGACUCGAAAUGGUUCGAGUUUCUCGACUUUUGCAUGUAUCUGAUUCCCUUGAUGAGCGUACACUUGGUUCUGGACGUGUUAGUACAAAAGCAGUACGGAGGCGGAGACCUGGAUCCUGCUCUGUAUGGGCAACCCUUCCCCAAACGAGGAGACCUUGAUUCCCACAGCAUCCAGAUUAGGCGCCAAGAGCUGUCCACAAUCAUUCAGGCUGCAAAGCGGUCCCUUACCUCUAUACCUGUUCUGGCUGGUCUGCAUGCAUUUUGUGCUCCUUAUGUGAAUGCCAUCAGUAAGCUGCAGCGGGGUCAGGUCGAGGAUGACCGGCAACUCCCUCGGGGCAUUCGGGUGUUCCGAGUGGUCACAUUUGCUGCAUCCAUCGCGAUUGGGUGCUACAUUCUCUAUGCUGCCAACGAGCAGGGCUACAUGGCUGUAAUGAAACGGGCUCCUCCUCUUGGCACUCUGUGGGUAUGGCUCAUUGUGGAAAUGGAAUGGAACUGGGGUGCUCUUUCGCUCGUGGUAGUUUGCAUGUGGUCUUAUAUGAGAGGUUAUCUUAGUUGA